GCCGUCAAUGGCACUGAGUAGUGCACGUCACCUGUCUCUAAUGUGUAGCUAGAAACGCUAACACUGUUCGAAAUUCUCCUCAGAUUCGACCCUUUUACCCAAUACUUCUUUUUAUUGAGCUGAAGUUUAUUGAGUUGAAGUUAAAAGGGAUGUCAAAAAUGACCGCUAACGCUCGCAAACCCAGCCGAGAGCCGUUGAGGGCAGAAGUGACCGUGUGAAUUAAACCACAUUAGCAAGCCAGCUAGCUGGGUUUACCUUUAGCUGCGUUAGUUGGGACGAGCUAAUAUCAUACACGCUCAAAACAUUUAGAUGUUCAGCGAGUGGCUUCUCGAUAGGAAAGGCAAAUUUGACGGCCGUCUGGAACGUGGCGUCUUCUGGAGGGCAACUUUCAAUCCAAGAAAGACUGUGGCCUGAGCCAUGGGGGCAUUUUUGGACAAGCCCAAAACGGAGAAGCUCAAUGCUCAUGGGGAAGGGAACGGCCUGCGUUUUGGCCUCAGCAGCAUGCAGGGCUGGAGAGUGGAGAUGGAGGAUGCACACACUACAGCUGUAGGCCUGCCACAUGGUUUGGAUGACUGGUCCUUCUUCGCAGUCUAUGACGGUCAUGCCGGCUCGCGUGUUGCUAACUACUGCUCCAAGCACCUGUUGGAGCAUAUCAUUGCUGUGGGUUCGGCAGAUGAACUUCGGAGGGCUGGAGCACCAGCACCCGAUACACCAACAAUAGAAGCGGUGAAGAAGAGGAUUCGUGCCGGCUUCCUGAGGAUUGAUGAGCACAUGCGCAGCUUCACCGACCUGCGGAAUGGCAUGGACCGCAGCGGCUCCACUGCAGUAGCUGUGCUGCUUUCUCCGGAACAUCUAUACUUCAUUAACUGUGGGGACUCACGGGCCCUUCUCUGCCGCAACGCACACGUCUGCUACUCCACGUUGGACCACAAGCCCUGCGACCCUCGGGAGAAGGAACGCAUCCAGAACGCAGGUGGCUCGGUGAUGAUUCAGAGAGUGAAUGGGUCACUGGCUGUAUCCAGAGCACUAGGUGACUAUGACUACAAGUGUGUAGAGGGCAAAGGCCCCACAGAGCAGCUUGUGUCACCAGAACCUGAAAUAUUUGAGAUUGCUCGGUCAGACGUGGAGGAUGAAUUUGUGGUGCUGGCAUGUGAUGGUAUCUGGGAUGUGAUGAGCAAUGAGGAGCUGUGCGCCUUUGUGCGAUCGAGGCUGGAGGUGACCAAUGACCUGGAGAGAAUUUGCAACGAGGUUGUGGAUACUUGUCUACAUAAGGGAAGUCGAGAUAAUAUGAGUGUUGUAUUAGUCUGUUUGCCAAAUGCACCCCAGGUGUCAGAGGAGGCGUUAAAGAGAGAUGCUGAUUUGGACCGGUACCUUGAGUCACGUGUGGAAGAAAUCAUGGACAAAGCAGGGGAACUAGGUGUGCCUGAGCUGGCACAUGUCAUGAGCAGCCUUUCCCAAGAGAGUAUCCCUAACCUCCCACCAGGGGGCGGCCUUGCCUGCAAACACAGUACUAUUGAAGCAGUAUACAACCGGCUGAACCCCCACAGAGAAGAAGAUGGUAGUGGUGCUGACCUUGAGGACCUGUGGUAGGCUUCGCACCUGAGGGAAGAGAAUGAAGAGUUUCUUUUGUUCCAAUGAAACUUCAUUGGAACAAGAGUCACAGCACAAUGGAAACACAGUACAACCAAAAGCAUUACAAGCAGUUUUUUGCUAAUAAAUGAGGGAAAGAAUGGAGUUCCAAUUUGAACAAAAUACACAUCACACAACAAAAACUUUUUCUUUAUUUUUUUAGUGGUGGCUGUGGUUAUUCAUUUUGAAACAGAGGAUUUUUUUGCGGAAUGGAUCCAUGCAUGUGCUGUGGUGUCUCCAGAAGGCUGCAAAUUAGAGUGACUUUUGCCUUGCAGCCCCUGGUUUCGGAGAGAUGGAUCAUUACUGGGUUUAAUUAAGGAUGUAUUUGACUGAUGAGUGGGUGCAAGACCUGUUUUAAAGAAUUGCUUUGUUACUACAUAACCUGUGUGGAAAGGUUUGUAGCUUGUUGACUUUUUGCACCUUCCUCCCCUCCCCAUGUACGCUGACAGACCUUUAGGUAGAACCUUGGACUCCAUUCUGCUUCAUUUUAUCAUCACUUGAUUGGUUGUCAAAAGCUUUUUAAUCCUGCUGUUUCAGAGAAUAUAGAAUAUAUAGAGAUAAAUAUAUAUAAAUUCUUAUAUAUUUUUUAUUUUUCCCAAGUUUGAUGUUCUCUGUAGCUUAACGUGUGACAAGCAAUAGAGUUGAGUUGGUGGCGACCAAUGAGUGUGCCACAUUGCGUGAAUUCCUUAAGACGCACUGAGAUUGUUCAAGUUAUGUACUUGUCUAACCUAACCACCCAGGAUCUAUGGGUGUUGUUGGCUAAAAGGGAAUGUUACUGCCCACCAAAGCCACGCAGCUUUUCUCAGCUCCUCUCUGUAUUAUAUCUCUUAUUCUUCUCUCUUUGUCAGCCCUCGCGUUCACAAUGCAGAUGUGAACUUGCUACAACCUGUCCUUUUUUCUCCCCCUUCAGAUUAUAUUGUAAAGCUGUGUUUUUUACUUUGGUUAGCUGAACAUGAAAAUACUAGCUUUAUGAUUAAUUCUUUACUGAUUUAUCAAUACAAGUGUAAUGUUGGUUUUGCUCAAAUAUAUUUUCAGCAGUCAACGACAGUACUCAUUGGCCUUGAAAGGUGACAUUGAGCAGAACAAUAAAGAUAAAGGAAAAAGCAGCCUUGCUCCAUGUUUAAUCAUUUUAAUGGUGAGACAAAGCAGAUGUGGAGUCCUUUCACUGUGUGCUGUGUAGACGAUUUAGUUGUGUAUUUGAAAAUAAAUUUGUUUCAUGUAGCAAUACAUUUGACUAAUGGCAAAGUCUGGUCCACAUGCAGCUUAUUCUGUCCAAGAACAGUCCAGUUGCUGCAUACAGGAAUAGACAAGUUAAUCGACAUAUAAAACAGUAAACCACAGGCUUCUUUUUUGUGCCAUUUUGAGGUGGAUAUAUCUGAAAUGGAUUACACCACAAUAAUAGACCAGCAUUGAAAUAAAUCAAUUAAAUAGUGACUGUCAUUUAUGAACAGUUCUAAAGAAAACACCAAAAAAAAGGGGAAAUGUGUUUAGAAGACUUUGUGCUCAGAAUUUCUGUUCAUCCAAAAGUAACACAUUUUGUCACAGACAGUACUCUGAGAAAAAAGUGGUAUAGACAGUUCUACUUGUGGAUAUCUAGUUAACUCGUACUUUUUAUUUGUAUAGCGCUUUUUGCAACACAAUUUGAAAGCAGCUUUACAGAAAAUCAUGCCUGAAUU